CCAGCAAGAAGACACAUAAUGGCAAUAGAAAUAUCAGUGAUCACUGCGGGAGCGGUGUUCCUAGUUUUGCUGCUGUCUAUUGUACUGAUUUCUUGUAAGAGAGACACAUCUUUAAAGGAAAACCACAAGGGAAGUAAGUCAACAGUUAAAGCUGGACUGCUGCAGGAUCUCCAUCAGUUGCUCCCCCACUCCUCGUCUCCUUCCCUCCCAGGUCCUCCCGGCUUCUACCUAAUUGGCAAUAUGAUGGAGCUGACACAUGAUCAUCUGCCAAUUCACCUGAACCAUUUGGCACAGCGGUAUGGAAACAUCUACCGUCUGAAAUGUGGAAACACAACCAUGGUGGUACUAAAUAGUAGUGAAGUUAUAAGAGAAGCACUGGUGAAAAAAUGGUCAGACUUUGCAGGGAGACCAGUUUCAUACACAGGUGAUAUUGUGUCUGGGGGAGGGCAUACCAUCUCUCUGGGGGACUAUAAUGAGGAGUGGAGGGCACAUCGUCGCCUCGUCCACAGUGCUUUGCAGCGUUGCUGCCAGCAAUCGUUGCAUAGUGUGAUCGAAAGACAGGCGCUGCAUCUGAGAAAGGUGUUGAUGGACUAUCAAGGCAACGCUGUAGAUCUCUCAGAGGAUUUUACAGUGGCAGCCAGUAAUGUCAUCACCACUUUGGCUUUUGGAAAAGAAUAUGAAAAGAGUUCCUCGGAGCUGCAGCAGCUGCACAGCUGUCUGAAUGAGAUUGUUGCCCUGUGGGGCUCCUCCUGGAUUUCUGCUCUGGACUCCUUUCCACUGCUCAGAAAAUUGCCCAAUCCUGUAUUUUCCCGUCUUCUGAAAGAGGUGGCCAAGAGAGAUGAAAUUAUAAAGAAACAUCUCAACAAUUACAAGUCACAAGACAACAGAAAUGAGGAUGCCAUCACAGGAUCACUCCUACAGGGCCUUGAUAAACAACACAACACAGCACAUGGAGUGCUCCUGACAGAUAUUCAUGUUCACAUGGCCACUGUGGACCUUCUCAUCGGGGGAACAGAGACAACUGCAGCUUGGCUCAACUGGACUGUGGCCUUCCUAUUGCACAAGCCAGAGGUGCAGACCAAAGUGUAUAAGGAGAUGUGCACAGUACUAGAGGGACGAUACCCCAAGUACAGUGACAGACACAGACUUCCUAUCCUGAGCGCUCUCAUCAACGAGGUGCUCAGACUGAGGCCAGUUGCCCCACUGGCUGUGCCACACAGAGCCAUCAGAGACAGCAGUAUUGCAGGUUACUUCAUCCCGAAGAACACGGUCAUCAUUCCUAAUCUUUUUGGAGCACACCAUGAUCCUGCAGUUUGGUCUGACCCAUACAACUUUAAACCAGAGCGAUUUCUGGCGGGAGGAGGAGGCUCCACCCGUGCCCUGAUUCCUUUUGGAGGGGGAGCUCGGCUCUGCCUGGGGGAGUCAGUGGCCAAAAUGGAGCUCUUUCUGUUUACUGCCUACUUGCUGAGAGAUUUCCAUUUCAUCCCUCCUGAGAGUGAGGCCUCUCUGCCUGACUUGAGAGGAGUUGCUAGUGUUGUCCUCAAGGUCAAACCCUACACAGUUGUAGCAUGUCUGAGGCCAGAGUAUAAUCCUUAAACUACACAGGGUGUACUACUUGCUUGUUGCUUAAACUUAGAAUUUCUGGGAAAACAAAUAUUUUUUCAACAAACUUUUAAAUAUUAUCAUCAUUACAGAACCUCCAUUGGUAUGUCUCUCAUCGAUAUGUUUUUCUAUUUGUCUGAAUAAAAUGGUCAGUUAUUGGGUUCCAA